GCUACAAAAGCACAGGAAGAUUCUUUUCAUCUUAUGCGAAAAGAAUAAGCUUCCCAUUCACAAAGAUAUCGCAAAUAUUCCUCCUUUCUCUUCGAUCUGAACCUUUCAAUACCCAAUAAGUCAGCUUCGACUCACCAUCAAUCCAUUACAAAGCUCCUUAUUUCACUUCAAUGGAGUUGCCAAAACACGAUUCAAGAAGCAUUUCCAAUCAAAAAUAUUUACCUUCAGAAAAAAUGCACAAAAACGGGUCAGGUUCUCGAGAUAUUCUUGAUGAACAGGAUACAACUUCGUCUGAAGACGAUGUGAUUAUGUCUGAUGAGAACUGGAGCUAUGUCAUCGAGAGUGAAGACACAUAUAUGUGCGACGACUAUUACACAGAUGGGACUCACACCGGCGAAACUACGAUUUAUCGCCCGUCUUCUGGAAUUGAGCCCCAGGAAACAGCUCCUGUGAAAAGCUACGCUCCAGCUCAGCCUCUCCAGAAACGAUACAAGCCAGCUCGGAGGCGGUAUAGAGGGAUUCUUGAUCCAUACGAGAACGCAGAAGAUGCCGCAUUUUUUGCUCACGCAAAUACGCAAUAUCAGCGAGGAAUUCGGGAGGCACUACGUAAGAGUGAUGAGGAAUAUAAAGAGGAGAAAUCUAGGUCUGAAACAAAGGAAAACACUGUUUUGACCGCGGGGACUAAUGCAGCGCCUGCUGCCACUAGUGUGAAGAAAAUCAACUUUAUUGAUCUAUUAUGGGGCGAUGCUUAGAACGGUUCUGGGUGUAAGGUCUUGGAGAAGCCUUGGUGGGUCAAGUCAUCGACAUGGAGAUGACCGUUCUCAGUGGCUACCGUGUCUGCUAGAUGGGGUUUUCUGCCAAUCUCACUCCGUCGGAGCCAAAACUGGCACAAUAAACCUAAACCACUACGACUUUGGUCUGCGCUUUUGCAAGCUGCUUAACAAAAUGCAUUAUAUUUGAAGAUGGGUCAACUAUGUGUCAGCCUGGGCUAUCCAUCCAAUUUAUCAUUUGCCAAGGUGACCA